CGGCGCUCUAGACUUGUAAGCAACACCCAACAAGAGCCAUCUCACCGAGCGUUAAUCUUUCCUCUCCUUUCUCACAUCUUAUUGGAGCUCAAAGAUCAAAUCUUUUUCGUGAGAUCAAGCAAAAGGAGAGCGAGAGUGAUAGUACCUAAGCACCUGGCUGUUUGGAUCGUUGAUUUCUUGUGCAUUGUUGCAAUCCUUGCAAUCCUUGUGUGAUGAGACCCUGAUCAAUUGACGACAUCGUUGGAGACAUUGGCGCCGGCGAGCCAGCGAAGAUGGAUUUCCGCCGCGCGGCGGAGCUGAUGCUGCUGUGCCUUGGCUCGCGGAGCGCACGCGUGGACCUAGUGGGUGGCAACCACACCGCUGCCCGCUUCUGCACCCGCUAAUCUCGCUGACGACGCCUCUCCUUCCUCUCUCGAUCAUCUUCUCCGUUCAGCUUAAUCUGCUCGGUUUGAUCCUCUUCUUGGCGAUCUUUGUUGUGGGAUCAAUGGCAAUGAUGAAGAAAGCAGCGAGGGAUGGCAGGCUCCUUCGGCUGGUGGCACGGGCAAUGCUCCUUGCCGUCGUUAUGCUCUCACUCGCGUCGCUCAGGUUGGCGCUCUCGCCGACUCCCACGGUGGGCGACGGCGGGGAGCUCUACCUGCCGGUGCUACUCGCCGAGCUAAGUGACCGUGGUUACCUGCGCCACAGCGGCCGCGCGGUGUUCGUUGGCGACGCCGGGUCGUGGGCCCCGUUUCUCGAGCGGCACCACGUCGCCGCUGUCGGUCCCCGUCAGCUCCGAGAGGUCGCCGACGGGUCUGUUGACGUUGUCCUCUUCGACGGCGAUGCGGUUUGGCUCAGCCUUGUCAACCGCGUCCUCAAGGCCGGUGGUGUUGCCGCCGGUUUCGCCACGUCGGAGUCGACGUUGCAGCAGACUUACAACUACAAGGCAGUGUUCGCGCACAGGUCGGAGGCGGCCAUCGCCUUCGCUGUGGAGAAGACCGGUGGGUCCACGGCCGCCGCCGUGACCGCGCCGGUGGGGCCUCACCGGAAGCUCCUCGCGUUGCCGGCGAGCAAGAAGGACGCCCUGGCCGGACUCGAGGCCGUGCUCCUCGAGCCGCCGCAGAAGCAUCACCGGCGAAUCAUCCGUCGGCUGCGGCUGAGGUACCUCCCGGAGCUGACCGGAGACUCGCUGGACGGAUACCGCCGACGGACAUUCAUCGACGUGACUCCCUCUCGCACCGGCGCCAGCACCGGCGCCGCGUCGUGGUUCAAGAAGCACUACCCGAGAGGGAAGCACGAGUUCGACAUCGUGCGCCUAAACGUCGCCGCCACCGCGAGCGCGCACGAGGCGGCGAAGGGGAUCGCCGAGUGGCUGGAAGGGAACGUGAGGGAGGAGGACUACGUGGUGGUGAAGGCCGGCGCCGAGGCGGUGGAGGAGAUCCUGCGCAAGCGCGCCGCCGUCCGACGUGUCGACGAGCUCUUCCUGGACUGCGAUGCCGCCAGCGCCGGCGCCGACGAGAGCAGCUCGGCGCGCCGCCCCUAUUGGGAGUGUCUGGCGCUGUACGGUCGGCUGCGUGAUCACGGCGUCGCCGUGCAUCAAUGGUGGGAGCUCAUGAAUGCUUGAUCAAGUAGUGAGAAACAAGACACAGGUAACAGAUCACCCUGGGCUCAAAACAAGCAAAACAACGAACUGCAGUGCGCUGAUUAACACAUUUGGUUCUUUGGCGGAAUGUUUAUAUACUGUAAAUGAAACAAAAAAGUUACGCAAAGAUUGAAUAAUUGCUGGAUCAAAUAUUUUCAUGUAUCCAAACAAUACAUUUUAGAGUAGGUUCUUGGCCAAAAGCCCAAAAGCAUUAUUUUAGUGAUCUUUGUUAUCAUCUGAUGGUACUGAUGAAA